AUGAGUUUUGGUGGAUUUGGUUCUUCAACCUCUGCGUUUGGCAGUAAUACAACACAAUCAGCUGCAGGCACAUUAUUUGGAGGUACACCAACAGCAUCAUCACAACCUGCUAAUACCAGUGGGUUGUUUGGAUCAACUACAGCAAAUAACAGUUCAGCUGGAACUCUGUUUGGGAGUAAUAAUACAGUCAACUCAGCAUCGGCAGGCACUUUAUUUGGUGGCUCAGCAACUGCUACCUCAGCGCCUGCUUCCACAGUCGAAGUUGGAACUAAUGCAUUUACAUUCGUAGGGUUUGGAGUGUUCGGAUCUACACCAGCUUUCAAUACAGGAACCGGUACUUUUGGCGCAUCAGCAUCCUCAACUGCGCCAACAUUUGGCGGCUUGAAUACAACUUCGCAGCCUACAUCUUCUGCAUUUAGCUUAAAUACCUCUGCACUUGGUACUUCAAACAAUUCUGGUUUUGGUACAACAACAAAUAAUACGAUCGGCACUAAUACUGCAGGCGGCUUUGGCGGCUUGGGCUCGUCCAUAAAUACAAAUACUGGUUUUGGAGCAUCAACAGCUACGACAGGAUUUGGAGGAUUUGGCUCUAACAAUGCGACAACAACGAAUAAAACUGGAUUUGGCACAUUUGGUAGCUCAAAUAAUUUAUUAAAUACACAGAAUAAUGUCACCUCAUUUAACCUUCAACAGCAACAACAGCAACAGCAACAACCAGGCGUAUCACAACAAAAAGAAAACGUUUGGCAAGAAUUUGCUUUAAUCAAAGCACGAUUUGAUCCAACAUCACCUCUUUGUCAGUUUAGACAUUACUUUUACAAUAAAGUGCCGCCAAAUGAAGUACAACUUUACGUCCGCCCUCCUAACCAAGAUGAGCAAUUGUGGAAUGAAGCGUGCCGUAAAAAUCCAGAUCCUACAAGCUUGGUACCCGUUUUAGCCGUUGGUUUUGAUGAUAUUUUGAAACGUAUUGAAACACAACAGAAGCAAUCGAAAGUAUUUGAAAACACAUUAUUACAAAUUGCUGAAAGAGUGUCAAUGUUACGUCGUAAACAAGAUUUAGGAACAAAAAUUAGACUAGAAGAGCAUAAGCGUCGUCAUAUGGAUCUAAGACAGCGUGUACUUAGGUUACUUCGCUACAGUCAGGUGUUACGUUAUAAAGGAUUCCCAUUGACCGCAGAGGAAGAGUCGGCUAUGGAAGAAUUGAAUAAAAUGGCCACAGAAAAUUAUAAUCCGGAGGAUCUUGCGUCGAGAUUGAACAUUUUAUGGGCGCAAAUACAAAGUAUUAGGGAGCAGCGUUCAGCUAAGCAACAAAAUGAAGUCGAAGUCUGGCGUACAGUCAGUGAAGAAGAUACCAACGCCAUUGCAAAGCUUUUGGAAGAUGAACAAAAUGGUAUUAAACAUAUCACAAACGUUAUUAAAGAAGAUGAAAAGGAGCUAGAAACGAUGGAGGCCGAGCUUAAGGAAAGGAUUAAGCAAAAGACGCGUCGAUAA